AUGGCGUCCUCGCUAGACCGCCAGCAGAUGGCCCCGCAAAUGCCUGGUGGCCCCAAGAGACAUGCCAAUCAUCCGGAUCCGUACGAUCAUCCACCCAUGCCACACCAUCUCCAACAAGAUCCCUACCAGAACGGUCCAGGUCCCAACGGUCCUCCUCCGCCCGGCAUGAUGCCCAUGCCACCUAACGACCGCUACGCUAUGCCGCCCUACCGUCCCAGCCCCGGUCCGCAUCCACCAUCUCCCUCUUGGCAGAACCAGCAGCUCUACCAGGGCCCUCCACCACCAGCUGCAUCCUCGCUUCCUCCUCACCUUCACCAGCCCAACUUCAACAACGUCCCUCCUCAGCAUCGAGGCUCACCACACAUGGCUCCUCACAUGCCCCUGCCGCCGCCUCACCAUGCAGCCGCACCGCCUCUGCCUUCUCACGCUGGCGCGCCCGCCAGCGCCAUCUCCGAAGCGCACGCAAAGCAUCUCGCAUCGCCCGCAACCGCGAGCCGCAAAUCGCCCAAGCCUUCGGGCAAGACCAGCCGCAAGGACAAAAAGGAAAAGGACGCCGCUUCAGCUUCCACCGCCAUGGCCAAGAACGCAAGCACAGACACAUCCAGCUCCAAGCGCGGUGCAGUCAAGGCCGAAAAGGCCGCCGCCGCCGCCGCCGCCGCUGCUGCCGCAGCAGCCAACGCCAACAACGCAGCGCCCGCCGCUGCUCAAGCUGCCCUCGACGCUGGAGGCGCACCCGCCGCGACCGAGAGCAAGAAGGACAAGAAGCGCAAAGAGGUCAUCGAUCGCAUCCACCGCAUUCACUUUGAAACCAUCGAGAACCGCGACAGCCUGUAUCAGGAGCUCUACCACGCUCUCACCUCGUCGUACGCCACGCUGCUCUCCAACCCAGCCAGGUCAAGACACUACACGCUCGAGCUCACUCGCCUCACGCUGCAACGUGAUGCUGCUCUGCGUGAGACGGCCCUGCUUCACGCACACCAGCUCGAAUCGGCGCGACUCGCGUACGAGAACGAAAAGCACAAGGUGGACGAAGAGGCGCGUCUCGCCAAGCGCGGCGCGCGCGAGAAGCUGCUCGCUGUGGUCGAGGCCACCAAGAAGCGUUUGCAAGAGGAGAAGGAAGGUGGCGACGUUGCCGUCGAUGCUUUCUUCGACAGCGCUCAACGACCGCACACUACGCGCAAGCUGCGUAACAAGGCGACCGGCAAGCGUGGAGCUGGUGCGGUGGCCGGCAACGAUGAGGACAGCGAUGCUACUGGUGCGGGCGCGCGCGGCGGUGCCAACGGACACACCGGCGUGUCGGGACUCGGUAUCGCCAGUGGACUGCAAGAGCUCAUCGCGCUCUCGGGCUUUGGACGCGACGAGGUUGGUGGUGGUGGUGCAGGCCGUCUGGGUCUCACUUCGGCGCUCGACCUUGGCGGACUCGGCUUGACGUUUGGCGGUGGAGGAGAUCUGCUCUCUGGCGCAGGCAUGGGCGACAGCAGCUACAUGGGUGGUGGUCUCGGCGGUGUACGCAAUCUGAGCGUGGUAGGAGGAGCCAACGGUACCGUCGGAGGUGUCAAGGGCAGCAGCAAGAAGAAGGGUGCGUCAAAAGCGGCUGCUGCAGCCGCUGCCGCUGCGAGCGCUGCUGCGGCUCGCGAAGCCUCGGCGACGGGCGGUGACGACGACGAUUCCAACAGCAGAGUAGCCGCCGCCGCCGCCGCCGCAGCGGCAGCAGCAGCAGCUGCAGCGGCCGCAGCAGCCGUGGUGACCACGUCGGGAGGCAGGCUAAGAUGGGAUGCGGGCAAGUCGCUCAACCAGCUUACGUCGGCCAAGGACUUUGAGAUCGAAUCGGAUCUGAUCAACAUUCGCAAGACCAACGGCAAGCGUGCGCGACGCAAGUGA